AUGGCUUACAGCAUCAACUCAGCUCCCAAUCAAGGGGAGGAACAUGUAAUAUUCUGUGCUAAACAAUUUAUAAAUACCUUUUCUGGUGCUCAAAUCGUUGUAGGUGUCAAUCAAACUUUACGAUUAAAACAUCCUUCCUCGUCCAAAGUAAACAGUGUUAAUCCAAAGAAGCCAAAGACUAAUGCAAGCAUUUCUGAAACAGGCCGUGGCUCAGCAUCAUCUUUAAACAAGUCUCCUUCCGAGGCUUCUUCCCAGGUUGUACUAUCAGAUAUGAAUACCUCAUCAAUUCAGUCUGCAGCCGGAAAACCUUCACUUCGAUCUUGUCCAAAGUGCAAUGUUAAGUUCAGUCUUUUGGAUCCUUUGAAGUGCCACAUGAAGCGUUGCUGCCCAGACAUGAUAAAUAAGUUUCUGGAAACUCUCAAAUCAGAAAAUUCAAAGGCUGUAAGCAGAGCUAUCAUUGGCUCAGAUAAAGAAAAACUGAUCAUGCUAGUUAGUGACUUUUAUUAUGGAAGACAUGAAGGAGCUAUUGAGGAAGACCAGAAGGCUCCCACAACUUUUAAAUGCUUCAGUUGCACAAAAGUUCUUAAAAAUAAUAUUAGGUUCAUGAACCACAUGAAACACCACUUGGAAUUUGAAAAACAGAACAAUGAGACCUGGGAAAGCCAUACUACAUGCCAACACUGUUAUCGGCAGUAUCCCAACCCUUUCCAGCUACAAUGCCACAUUGAGAGUACACAUACUCCUCACGAUUUUUCUACUAUUUGCAAAAUCUGUGAAUUGUCAUUUGAAACAGAGCAUCUGCUUUUACAACAUAUGAAGGACACUCAUAAACCUGGUGAAAUGCCAUAUAUUUGCCAGGUUUGCCAGUUUAGGUCAUCGAUAUUUUCUGAUGUAGAGACUCACUUUAGAUCAUCUCACGAAAACACUAAGAACUUGCUAUGUCCAUUCUGCCUCAAAGUUAGUAGAAUGGCAACCCCUUAUAUGAAUCACUACAUGAGACAUCAGAAAAAAGGAAUUUAUCGUUGCCCAAAAUGCAGACUACAAUUUUUGACCUCCAAGGAGAAAACAGAUCAUAAGUUAGAACAUCGUACAUUUAUAAAGCCUAAAGAACUAGAAGGAUUGCCUCCUGGAACAAAAGUAAGUAUUAAACAGGUUGUAUUUUAGCAUUUGUCUUGUAAGUGCCUGGACUAGGUGAGGUGCUAUAUGCCUUCACAAUAGGCAAAGGCAGGCAGAUCUCUGAGUUUGAAGAGAGCCUGAUAUACGUAGUGAGUUCCAGAACAGCCAGGGCUCGAGGCUUUUGUCUCAAAAAAAAGGAGGGAGGAGGAACUCCUAUCUGGUCUUAAAAUCUAUUAAAUAUGAUGAAAAUGUUUUCCUUAUUUUUAUUA